AUGAACAUGCCAACUCCCCAGAUCUUCCAAGGGCCCAAUGGCGCGGUGUCGGGACAAUCCUGCAAUAUCAUUCUUACUCCCAUUGUUCCCGAACCACAAGUCAACCGAUACGAGAGGAUUGUACAUGUUCAAGAUAAUGAUGAGGCAUUUGAGGUCAAGAAAGGUCCUUUGGACUGCUCGGAGGAGCUUGCUGUAGUGGCAGGGUGGGAGCCGCUCACGCAUCCUGAAGGAGCUUUGUUUUUCUACCAUCCAGAUAAUAGAGUUUUCACUGACGCUGAUGUUCGACACCCUGGAACUGCUGAAAAAAUAGGCAAAGCUGUCGAGAAAGCGUACGAAGAAGCGCGCAACGCAAACAUCUUCCUGCACUCAUCCGUAGAGCUAGCGCUAGAGCUCAUAGAGAAGGACGGCAAGGAGAUGAUUGGCUACUACUUUGCUGAUCACGAGAGACGUAUCAUUUUCUGGUUCCAAGAUCACAAAUCCGAUUUGCUCAUGUGUAACAUUCGAGGUGUAGAGAGCAAAAGCCACGUCACUCUUUUGUACCUCCCACGAUUUACACACCACAAUAUUGACAGGAGACACAUUGAACUAUUUCCAAAUAAACGUUCCCUUCCGGGGAAUGUCGUGGUGCAACUCAAAGAAAUUAUAAUGCAUGCUCACGCAGAAAACAUCACUUCUGAGACCUGUCUAGCACCUUUUGCUCCAGAUGAGGUUGCAAGUAUGCUCAGCCUUGUAGAAGUUCUCAUAAACAGCGAUACCAAGGACAACGCUCACGAGCAGCGUGAGCAUUCAGUGUGGAUUGUCGCCCGAUUGAUGAGACUUUUCUGCAAUGCCAAAUUUGUAAAUUUCUGUGGACAACCAGGCGCUCGACUUAACGUAGACCAAUCGUUAUACGGAGAAUUCAAUACCCGCUCGAAAAGGAUUUUUCUUCGUCUCAUGAAUAUCAUGCUGUUUGGAUCGCCUGAUGCUCAGAGCAAGGCUCUUCACAGGAUAUGGGUCGAUGAUACCAUCGUUCAGCCGCGAUGGAAGAAUUUUAUUGAUAGGCUCACUACUGAAUGGAAUGGGUACACAAUAUUUUCCACCGUGAUGCUUGCUGUUGAUAUCAGCUUUCUCGCGGUCCCAUCUGUCCAGACUCAAACGUCCGCGAUCCUUCUAGCAUAUCUGUCUACCCUCUGUGCCAUGGGCUCGUUAUUGGUCUCACUGAUCUUGGCUGGACAAGUUAAUGACAGCCGGAGAAGCUCUGCUGAAGCCGUGGCCUCUUUCAUGGUAGGAAUGUCACGUUCUAUGCUCGGCCUCGAGAGCCUUGCCCUGAUGCUCAGUCUACCAUUUGCUCUGUUGAUCUGGGGAAUGAUGUUCUUCGCUGCAGCAUUGUCCACCUUGAUUUUCCGCACUUCUGGCAUUGUCACCAUCUCGAUUACAUCUCCGGUUUUGGCCGCCAUAUUCAUGCUGGUGACGUGGCCUGUACUGGCCUCUAAUGAUAUUCACGUUUCUCACCUGAGGAACUGGAUCAUAGAACACGUGUCUCUCACUGAUUCAUCAGCGGUGACCGCCCAUUCUGUUGUCUAGUAGUUUGUAAUUGCAGGCGUACGGUCAGGAGCUUCCAAUUUUACCUUUGGCUUUUUCACCGUGUGCGUUGAAGUAUUUAGUGCUUGUGUGUAUGCACAGUAACUUAUAACCCAGCAUAAUGGGGUGGACGA